AUGAGGCCAAAUUCCAUCGCUUUGACGUCUGUCGCGGCCCUGCUGUCUGGUGUAAGCGGUCUGGCCCAUACAGCAACACGAUCAGCAUCCAAUCCAAGCUGCUUCCCUUUUGGCGCCGAGGCAAAGCUCAAUGCGAAUCUACAGCCUCCCCGCGUUUCCAGAGAGGAGUGGUGGUGUCCGCAGUCCGACUUUUAUGGCUUCCUCGGCUUCUCGUUUCCCUUCCAGUUCACCAAUGAGGACUUUGAGGUUUCGAGUAUUAGCUCGCACAUGCAGCAGAUGAAGCGCCAGUUUGGCACAACCAUGAUUCGCAUGUAUAUCCCAGAAAGCUACACCACGCAGCUAUGGGAAAAUGUGCUAGAAGCCGCUAUUCUCAACAACAUGGGCGUUGUGGUUCAAGUAGCAUUUCCCAUUAGCGGCAAUGAUCUCUCGUGGGAAAAGGUUCUCGAAACUACUCUGUUCGAAACCCUUGCGAAUAGUAAGUAUUCGAAAAUUGCGCCGUAUGUCAUCUACGCCGCCGAAUAUCUCAACGAGCCAGUUGGAGACUGCGACAUGUGCGCGCCUGGUAGCGCCGGCAACGCAUCUGAGCCAGCCAGUAUAAAGAACCUCACAAUGGGAAUGAGUGAUUUCCGCAACGAAAUGCACAAAUUUGGCAUCCCGGCAGGUAUUAGCGAGGACUGGGACAGGCCCAGCUUGAUGAGCGGUGCGCCUGGAUCGGAUGGGCUGGGCGUUGGACUGGGUCCAGUGGGCAAGGCGCUUGUGCCAGUUCUGGACUUUAUUCACGCUCAUGUCAUGGCAUAUUAUCACAAUAUUCAGGUUGACGACGCAUGGUCAUAUACGGCAAACCAAGUUCUAUGGUAUAAGAAGUACCUUCCGCAGUUUCCGCUCAUCAUUUCCGAAAUGAUGUGGGCAACAGGCUAUAAUGUCCUCCAUGCUGGCGGCUAUAUAACCGGAUUCGCUAUUGCAGAAGUGAGCGUUGCGGAUUACACCAAGUUCUGGAAGACGGUGGAUGCAAAUUGCGCCUUUCUGAAGGAGCAUAACACGGCAUAUUUUAUCCAUGCAUGGAGACAGGAGGGUACACUCAAUAUGCUUCAAAAUGAUGGAAGCGUUGUCAUUCCAAAUUGGAAGCCUAGGAAAUGGUGUUAG